UCUUCCACCUGUCAGUUCAAGCACUGACAUUUCCUGUGAAGUAGUGUAGUUCUUAAUAAAUAAUAUUUAUAGUAAGCUAUAUUGAUUACAAUGAAUUUGUUUGUUUUUUUUUUUCUUUCUUUUUUGCUUUAUUUAAUAUGGUAUAUUUGCCUCUAUGGUGCUGAGUACAUACAGUGAAAAUUACAGAAGUUCAAACAUGACCAAGCUGGUGAAUGCAUCAGACUAUGAGCGAUAUAUAUACAAGUGCCAUUCGUGCAUGUUGGGAUUCAAGCGGAGAGGGAUGCUGGUGAACCACUUGGCCAACAGACACCCUGAUAUCACUCCCGAGUCUGUGCCUGAGCUCAACCUGCCGAUCCUCAAGACUACUAGGGAUUACUACUGUCAAUACUGUGAAAAGGUCGUGUAACGUUCAAUCUUAUCAUUUUUUAUGUAAAGAAAAUAGGUUACUGUCAUCUUUAUGGUAGUUAGUUACAGUAAUCAGAUUUUUAUUGAUCAGUUUACAAGCAUUUUAUAUCAGGCUU